CAGAAGCAGUAAGUUAGAAGUCUGUGGGGAACCUGAGACUGCUAUCCUGGAGCCUGCCAGCCCAGUUGUUGAGAUGGAAGCCUCAGAUUGGCAAGGGGGUGAAGGAGACAAGCCACUAGAGAAGGUGGGGAGUGUUCCCUGCUUAGAGAGGAGCUCCAGCACCGUACCUGCCGGAGAUGCUCUGGUCCGUCAUGCCAAGGGCCUGAGCCAGGAUACCUUCAAAAUUUGUAAAGAGUACCUAAGGCCUCUGAAGAAGUUCCUUCGAAAGUUGAACCUGCCCAAGGACCUUCCCCAGAAGAAAAGGAUAAAGUACAUGAAGCAGAGCCUUGAGGCCCUAGGGGACCAUAUUAACACCUUUCUGCAGCACUACUGCCGAGCCUGGGAGAUCAAGCACUGGAAAAAAAUGCUCUGGCGGUUUGUCUCCCUCUUCUCAGAGCUGGAAGCGAAGCAGCUUCGUCGGCUCUAUAAGUACACCAAGACGAACCAGACGGCCAAGUUCCUGGUCGCACUCUGCCCCUUGGAUGCCCCGGAGAGAUCACUGCUUGCCAGCCAGGAGGACAGUCUCCCCAGGCUCUGCAGUGCCUGGGGCUUGCAUGGCAACAUCAGCGGCAUGAAGGAGAGGUUGUCCAAGAUGCAAGCCCCUGGCCGUGAAGUUGUCAUGCUGGAGGAGCCGAGGUCCUCACACUGCUCCAGAGGAGAUUCUUUAAGGAAACUUCCUCAAAAACCAAAGCUGAAGAAAAAGAGGAUUAAGGAAAGACCAGAAUCUCCCAAGAGCUACUCCUAAGAAGACCCACAGGGGUGGAGGCCAGAUCUCCCUGGCUCCCUGGGAGUAUACUUGCAUGUAUACUCCAGAGGAUGAGGGGGUUGAAGAGGGUAAAGAAAAUUUACUUUAUCAAAAGGAUACUCAAUUUCUAAUUAUAAAUAAAUGG